GGAUGUCUCAGAUUUCACCAGAUUGCUACCAAUAUAAGACAUGUGUGUGGAAUGCUCCUGAGUUUAAAAAGGUACAUAGGGAGGAACACCGUUGUAGAGUGGGCACUGUUUCACUUACAAAUGCAGAUCCAAAGCAGACGGGAUCUUCUCUUCAACAUUAGUAGCUUUUCAAAAACCAACAUGAGGAAGGACUUCGAAAGGCUAAAAAAUCUGUUGUCCGUACCUCCAAAGCAGAGAUCUCAACAAAUCCUCAGACAGAUUCAGUUUUGCUUAAAGAAAAACAGAGCAUUUCAGAGUCUUCGGGAUAAAACUCAGCUGGAACUCUGUCAGCAUAUAGUCUACCAAAUGUAUGAAACAAAAACCUUAGUUAUAAAACAAGGACACGUGCCCUGUGAGUGCUACAUCGUAUUGUCGGGACAUUUAAAUGCCGUCACCGGAGUAGCGGACGCGAAAACGAACGCCACCUCUAAUACAUUAUAUGAAGUAGAGGAAGGAGACUUUGUUGGGGAUAUUGGACUCAUCACAAAUCAGAGACUGAUUUCAUUCAUAUGUAAAACAGAUGUGGAACUAUUAGUCAUUGAGAAAGAGGUGUUUAAUGAAAUCCUUGCAGCAAAGGUGCGGGAGCAACAUUCCAGUCUUUGUUCUUUCCUAAGGAAUAUGCCAUUGUUUUCAUCCUGGCCUCCAGAAAAAAUGGACCUUCUAGUGCAUUGUUCUCUGCAAAGAAAUUACAGGGCUGGAACAACAGUGGUUUUGGAUAGCACCAAUUCUUCUUUACUGGUGCUGAUCAAAUCUGGAAGAUGUCUAAUUGUGGUCGAGCUCACACAGAAUAGGCCAUCUGCUGAUUCUGGAGCCUCAAGAAAUUAUUCUUCUCUUGUGGAGAGGUUUCCAACUAUACCAUUCCUUCUGGAGAAAAGUGACUCCUUGUAUUCCACAUUCCAAAAACCAUUGUUACCAAGGGCGUCCUAUUCAGCUUCCAUCAGAACUGCGCCAAAUCAGAUACAUGUGAGACCACGUCCACAGACCGUGGGACCAUCAGCCUUAUUAAGAAAUAGAAAAGAACCCUGUGAUUUGGGCCUUAAAGGCAAAAGACAUUCCGAAGAUAAGAGAAGCUUUCAGCCACAAGCGACUGAACUCUCAUACAAAACUCAUACAAGAACUUCCUUUAUAACUGUUGGCACUCUGGAAAAAGGAGGCAUAUUUGGUCUGACAGAAACGAUGAUUAAGUCCUCUGAUUUACGAUUUAGUCUGGGUCUGACAGAAACAAUGAUGAAGUCCUCUGAUUUACGGUUUAGUCUGAUAAGUGAAGGCGCGGAGUGCAUUUUCAUUCCCAAAAAACUAUUCCACGCAGAAGCACCUACAAAGUCCAGACAUGUUGCGCAAGAGCUGAUAAACUCCUUCCCUACGGAGAACAAGAUCCGAUCCUACUAUGCUAGUCAUCGAACAUGGACGGCCUAUAAGAACAAAAUUAUUGGUCAACAGUUAACUAGAACUGUUAAACAUUAAAUAAAGUGAUAGCAACAACUCAAAUUCAAAUAAAUGGAAUAUAUUGCCAGCUAGAUAAACUAUGACUUUGGAAAAUAAUUUCUUCUAUGUGGACAGACUGCGAGGAAUGUAAGGAGUUAUGGCAUCCACGUAAUAUUUUUGGAUAAGCUUUUAAAAAGAUUUUUUUCAAAAUGUUAAAAUAUCAAAAAUAGAUCAUACAUUAAACAAAUACAUGAAAAUAUGAAACAUAUCAAAUAUUAAAAUAUUUUUCAAAACAUUAAA